AUGUAUGACGUCAUGUGCGCUAUGGAAACUGUUUUCACAUCAAAAAUAUUGAAAAUCUUCCAGAAGAAAUUGUCAAGCGGGUACCCAGUCCCUGAUUAUUAUUCGUUGGCCCUAGAAAUCUUCAGAGAUCGGACGACAAAUGUGACGAUGAGAAAUUGUUCGAGGGAUCUGAAAGUGAAGGGCCACUGUCCAACUGACGUGCAGACCAACCAGAUGUUUGUCGUCAGGGCUGUCAAUGGAGCAUGCCUCAAAAUGCGAAAAAAAUAUUCCUCCGUAGGAGCUUUGGUCCCCAGCAUGCAUUUAAAUUUUCAGACUGCACACCGGGUUAAUGGUGUUUGGCCGAUGUGGGAUGUCCACGAUGAAUGGUUCUGUUUAAAUUUAAGCUUCUCCACUCCUCCUGCUGUUGAUGAGAAGUAG